AUGGGACUCAUACCAGAGAUUAAGAAACAGGUUGGAAUGCAAGAGAUCCGUGAGUUUCCUACCCUGGUGAAUAAGAGUAGGAUUUAUGAUGAGGAUAGUCGUGCUGAAAAGGCACAUUACCGAAACACUGGAACCAUGAAGGACAAGAGGAAGACUCCACAACCUGGAAACCAGAGUUCCCAAGCUAGCCGACCUAAAUCCAAUGGAAGAGUCUUUGCCCUCAGUGGUGCAGGAGCGUCUGAGAAAGACAACUUGAUCCAAGGUACAUGUCUCAUAAGUGAUACUCCUUUAUUCGUACUAUUUGAUUGUGGUGCCACUCAUUCCUUUGUGUCUUUUGACUGUAUUAGACGUUUAGGACUACCUGUAUCUCGUUUACGAUAUGAUUUGAUUGUGAAUACCCCAACUAGUGAUUUUGUUAAAACCUCUAGUGUUUGUCUUGACAUUUCUAUCCAUGUUUGUGGAAGGGACUUCCAAGUUGACUUAGUGUGCUUACCUUUACGUCUGGUUGAUGUGAUUCUUGGUAUGGAUUGGCUAUCUGCCAACCGUGUCCGCGUAGAUUUUUUUAGUAAAACCAUUGAAUUCACGGAGUCAUAA